AUGUCCUACCCGCAGGGCUACCUGUACCAAGCGCCCGGCUCGCUGGCGCUCUACUCGUGCCCCGCGUACGGUGCGUCCGCGCUGGCGGCGCCGCGCAGCGAGGAGCUGGCGCGCUCGGCGUCGGGCUCCGCGUUCAGUCCGUACCCCGGCUCGGCGGCCUUCACAGCGCAGGCGGCAACCGGCUUCGGCAGCCCGCUGCAGUACUCGGCAGACGCCGCCGCUGCAGCUGCCGCGGGCUUCCCGUCCUACAUGGGCUCGCCAUACGACACGCACACCACCGGAAUGACUGGCGCCAUCAGCUAUCACCCGUAUGGCAGCGCGGCCUACCCGUACCAGCUCAACGACCCCGCGUACCGCAAGAACGCCACGCGGGACGCCACUGCCACGCUGAAAGCCUGGCUCAACGAGCACCGCAAGAACCCGUACCCCACCAAGGGCGAGAAGAUCAUGCUGGCCAUCAUCACCAAGAUGACCCUCACGCAGGUCUCCACUUGGUUCGCCAACGCGCGCCGGCGCCUCAAGAAGGAGAACAAGAUGACCUGGGCCCCGAGGAACAAAAGCGAGGACGAGGACGAAGACGAAGGAGAUGCUGCCAGGAACAAGGAGGAGAGUGCCGACAAGGCUCAGGACGGCACGGAGACCUCGGCAGAGGACGAAGGGAUUAGUCUGCACGUCGACUCGCUCACGGACCACUCGUGCUCGGCGGAGUCAGAUGGGGAGAAAUUGCCCUGCCGCGCCGGGGAUCCCUUGUGCGAAUCGGGUUCGGAGUGUAAGGACAAGUUUGAGGACCUGGAGGACGAGGAGGAUGAGGAAGACGAGUGCGAGCGGGACCUGGCGCCUCCCAAACCCGUGACCUCCUCGCCACUCACCGGCGUAGAGGCACCCCUGCUGAGCCCGGCGCCCGAAGUCGCGCCGCGCGGUGGCAGCGGUGGCAAGACGCCCCUAGGCAGCCGGACGUCGCCUGGAGCGCCGCCGCCCGCCAACAAGCCCAAGCUGUGGUCGCUGGCCGAGAUCGCCACUUCGGACCUCAAGCAACCAAGCUUGGGCCCGGGUUGCGGACCUCCGGGGUUACCGGCUGCCGCCGCGCCCGCCUCAUCUGGGGCCCCUCCGGGAGGCUCGCCCUACUCCGCCUCUCCGCUGCUGGGCCGCCACCUCUACUACACGUCGCCGUUCUAUGGCAAUUACACAAACUACGGGAACUUGAACGCCGCGCUGCAAGGCCAGGGCCUUCUGCGGUACAACACCGCGGCCUCCGCACCAGGCGAGACACUGCACGCCGCGCCCAAGGCGGCUAACGACGCGGGCAAGGCGGGCUCGCACCCUCUGGAGUCCCACUACAGGCCUCCGGGCGGCGGCUACGAGCCCAAGAAAGAUGCCAGUGAGGGCUGUGCAGUUGUUGGCGCAGGCGUCCAGCCCUACCUAUAGGAGGGCCGAGCUCCACAGUGCAAGUAGGUGUCACAAUUGCUUUGGAAAAAAAAAUAAAUAAAAAUCAGGAGACCAUUCUCCUUCCCCAAGCUCAUAAGUACACAGAUACAAACCCCAGAUGUGGAAAUCUGGACCACAUCUUGUGCCACUGUAAAAGAGGAUGCACACCGCACUACCAACCCACAGACUCUAAGGACCGGACACGUGUUGUUGGGCAUACGUGAAUUUGUUGGCAUAGUAUAGCUUCCCCAUGUUUGUGUGACUUUUGGAAACAAUCUGUUUUUUCUCAGGAUAUCUUGAUCACUUCAUUGCCACGGUAUAUAUUCUAUAGAUGUGAUAGAACUUGCUGUAAAAUUUAUUUGUAAAAACAAAAUAUGUACACGGUAGAACUAACGUGAUUGAAGAACUUGAGUCCUUCAGAAGUGGAAACAAAUUUGAUAUUUAUUUUUAUAAUGAUAUAAAGCUUCUAGUAAUUUAUGCAAGUUGUAUUGCAAUGAAAUCUAAAACUUUUGUAAAUAAAUUCUGCCUGGUUUUUAUUUGAACAUUGCUGGUUAUACAAUCUCUGUUGGUUGUUUAACAUGAAUUCUCUACUAAUUUAUAUCUAAAACUGUAAAUAAAAACAAACUAGCCUACAAGAAAGUGGUGUUCAGGGCUCAUUUUUACUGAAGAAUGAUUUAGGUCGGAGCCCUUUUGGGUGAGAGCCCUACUGGUGGCCUGGUUCCCCUCCCCCAGGUGGUCCCAGCUCAGUCUUUAAAUGAAGAGCCCAGUGAAAUAAGCUUCUUUCUUAUUUGAAAAUUACAGACAGGAGACAGAAAGAGAGAUAUAAAUGUACAACAUGGAGAUAUCUAUGGUUCUAGUUGACUUACAUACAAAUGUGUUGCAAGAAAUAAUUCAGACUUUUUUUGUUCUCUGAAUAUGCAAAUCCAUACUUAGUGUAAAUUUCUAAAACAUGGAAAAAUAAAAAGAUAUGCCACCUC